AUGUUCCUGAAGGCCGGUGACAUUUGGCUGCUGUCUGUUAGAGGCGAGCCUCCCCCGGCGCGAAUGCCCAUCUGCUCCCCUUUCUUUGCAGAAGGCAAAGCUGCUGUUGAUCUACGCAGGUUCAGCUCCCAGUGGCAUAUGCAAGGCAUCCUCAGUGACUCCGUGGAGAGCUCGGAUGAUGAAUUCUUCGACGCACGAGAGGAAGUGGUGGAAGGGAAGAAUGCUAUUCUCCUAGAAAUGAGCCAGUGGAACUCCAAUGACCUGGUGGAGCAGAUCGAGACCAUUGGGAAGCUGGAAGAAAAUCAAGGUGAAGACCCUGCAUUUUGUUCAUCUGGCAUCCUGCAAGAGAAACAACGAGAACUGUAUAGGGCCUCUUUAAGGAAGCAGCGCUAUCCUGCCCAAGGCAGCAUUGAGAUUCACGAGGACAGUGAGGAAGGAGGUCAGCAGGGGAGCUGUAAAACUCACGUCCUGAUUCUUGUCCUCCACGGGGGCAACAUCCUGGAUACAGGAGGAGGGGAGCCGAGUAGCAAGACAGGAGAUGUCAACACCUUCACGUCGGUGUUUGAGAAGGUGACGCAAGCCCAUUUCCCCGCUGCUCUUGGCCACAUCUUAAUCAGGCUUGUCCCCUGCCCAGCUGUCUGCUCAGAGGCCUUCUCUCUCGUGGCCAACCUAAAUCCCUACAGUUACGACGAGACAUCGCUUAGCAGCAGCGAAGACCACAUCCCUCUAGCGGCCUUGCCUUUGCUGGCCAUCUCCUCCCCCCAGUACCAGGAUGCGGUUGCCAUGGUGAUCAACAGAGCCAACCAGGUUUACAAUGAAUUUCUCAGAUCUCCUGACGGGACCGGCUUUAAUGGGCAGGUGUGCCUCAUUGGGGACUGCGUGGGAGGCAUCCUGGGGUUCGAUGCCAUCUGUUACAGCACAGGGCUAGAUGACGAAAGCCAAGCCAGCAGCCGAAGAGGCAGCUCCAGCAGUGUCCAGGAUAACCCCCUCAAUGCCGAAGGCUCAAAUCUGGGAGACCUCAAACGCCUCAGCAAGAGCAACAUUGACAUCUCCGGACUGAUGGAGGAAGAGGAGCCCAGGCAGCCAUUGCCGCGGAAACCAAGCGACUGCUCCAGCUACGAGUGCGAUUCCAUCACACAGCAUCACGCCCUCCUGUCCAGUAUCCACUCGACAAUGCUGCAGGAGGACGCGGACUUCCCCCCCGUGAGCACCUCCAGCGUGUCGGACGUCAGCAUGGGGCGUUUUGAGUUCGAGGUCUCCGAUUUCUUCCUCUUCGGCUCUCCCCUCGGUUUGGUGCUGGCUAUGAGAAGGACGGUGCUUCCCAGCCAGGAAGUCUCUCAGGUACAGCCAGCUUGCAGCCAGGUCUACAACCUCUUCCACUCUGCCGACCCCUCUGCCUCCAGGCUCGAGCCCUUCUUGGAGGCGAAAUUCCACCUCCUGCCUCCGUUCAGUGUGCCGAAGUACCAGAGAUACCCUCUGGGAGAUGGGAUGUCUCACCUCUUAGCCGACAUCAUCCACAGCCACAGCACCCUCUUUGCCGAGGACGGCUCCGCGAGCCCCCCUCCUUUGGCGGACGCGUCAGGAUCCCAAAGCGCCUCUCAAGGGAAGAAGGCGAGGAGGUCCAGCGUGGACAGCAGCGACAGCGAAAGCUCGGGGUCGACGGAGAGCUUGUUGCCCGCCAGCGUAACCAACAUUACCUCCAAGUGGUGGGGAACCAAGCGGAUAGACUAUGCCUUGUACUGCCCAGAUGUGCUCACCGCCUUUCCAACGGUGGCUCUUCCCCAUCUUUUCCAUGCCAGCUACUGGGAAUCAACUGAUGUGGUUGCUUUCAUUCUGAGACAGGUGAUGAGAUUUGAAACUGUCAGCAUCAAGGAGAGCAACAGCUUGGAUCCUGCGACUCUCAGUCCAUCAAACCCGCGGGAGAAAUGGCUGCGCAAGAGGACGCACGUCAAAUUGAGGAACGUGACUUCAAACCACAGGUCGAACGACGUCAUCACGGCAGAAGGUGGCCCUCAGGUUCUGGUUGGCCGGUUCAUGUACGGCCCCCUCGACAUGGUGGCCCUGACAGGGGAAAAGGUCGACAUCUUCCUCAUGGCCGAGCCCUCCUCUGGGCGGUGGGUCUACUUCGACACGGAGAUCACCAACAACAGCGGCCGAGUCUCUUACAACAUCCCCAAAGAGAAGCGACUCGGCGUUGGCGUGUACCCUAUCAAAAUGGUGGUCAGGGGCGACCAGAGCAGUGCCAUCAGCUACCUGACCGUGCUCCCGCGAGGAAUGGAGUGUGUGGUCUUCAGCAUCGAUGGCUCCUUUGCCGCCAGCGUCUCCAUCAUGGGCAGCGACCCCAAAGUCCGAGCCGGGGCUGUCGAUGUCGUCAGACACUGGCAAGAUCUCGGGUACCUGAUCAUCUACAUCACCGGGCGCCCUGACAUGCAGAAGCAGCGGGUCGUCUCGUGGCUCUCUCAGCACAACUUCCCCCAAGGGAUGAUCUUCUUCUCCGACGGGCUUGUCCACGACCCUUUGCGGCAGAAGACCAUCUUCCUCCGGAAUCUGGUGCAAGAGAGCCACAUCAAGAUCUGUGCUGCUUACGGCUCCAUGAAGGACAUCUCUGUGUACAACGUCCUGGGUCUCUCCCCCUCCCAGAUCUAUAUCGUUGGUCGGCCAGCAAAGAAGUACCAAACACAGUGCCAGUUCCUCAGCGAAGGCUACGCAACCCACUUGGCCUCUCUGGAGUUCAGCCUUCACUCCCGACCCAAGAAAAACAACUCGCGCAUGAUCCUGCGGAAGGGCAGCUUCGGCCUCCACACCCAGCCCGACUUCCUGCGUAAGAGGAACCACCUCCGAAGGACUAUGUCGGUCCAGCAGCCCGCCCCGCCCUCCUUGACCCCCAAGCCAGAGCGUGCCCAAAGCCAACCCGAGUCUGAUAAGGACCACGACCGGCAUUUGCCUCCCAUCGGGUGGGUGAGAGGCGGGGUUCAUAAGUUCGAGUCGGCCCCGUAGCGACCGUCCAGGGCGGGGCCGCGGCUCGGGCAUUCUGUGAUCAGCUUGUGGGCGUGCCUCCUCGAGGCUUUUUGUGCAUCUUCCGGGUCAAAGGUGAGAGGAGCCAGAGUCCUCGGAGGCUCCGGGUUUUGCCUUCCACAUCCCGCCCCCCCCCCCAAGGGGGAGCUUCCUGUUUGUUCCUCUCGUCUGUGUCCGAUCGGGAAACGUUAAGAGCAGAGGAGACCCACCGCCUCCAGAGGUUGCAGCGCCGGACGGCAAAGGAGCUUGUCUUUCAGUGUGUACUUUGUUACAAACAUGUGCAGCGAGAGGGGAAAAGCUCCAGCUUUGUCCAAGGAGAGAGGGCGCCUAAGGGAG